CCACAUCACUUAUAUGUUUACAAAGAGGUCUGUCCCGUCUGCAAGUCCUCGCGGUACCUUAACCCGAACAUGCGAUUCCUCAUUAAUCCAGAAUGUUACCACAAAAUGUGCGAAUCAUGCGUGGAUCGUAUAUUUUCCUCUGGACCAUCCACUUGUCCAGUAGCUGGAUGUCGAAAAACUCUGCGCAAAAACCGUUUCCGCCAGCAAACCUUCGAAGAUAUCGGUGUAGAAAGAGAGGUUGACAUCCGUCGGCGAGUGAUGCAUAUUCUCAAUCGACGCGAAGAUGAAUUCGAUUCCAAGCGUGCAUUCGACGACUUUCUCGAACAGCGCGAAGAGAUGAUAAUGAACCUAGUUUGCCGAACCGAUGUGGCAAAAACAGAAGCCCAACUCGCCAAAUACGCAACAGAGAAUAUGCAUUCCAUCAAAGCAAACGCAGCCCUCGAAGAAGAAGAGGCAUCUUCUUUCCAGGCUCGCAUGUCACUCGAACAAGAAGAGGCGCGGCUCCGGCGCCAACUGGCACGAGACGAAAUCGAGAGCGAGAGACGACAAAUGCAAGCAGGACGAGAAGGUUUUCUGUCUUUGCUGGCCAACAGCUCUAACAUGGACGCUGGAGCUAUCGCACGAGAAAACCAUAAAGUUCUUCUUAAGAAGUCUUCCGCUCGAAGGAGCGAAGAGGAGCGUAUCAGACAGAAGCAGGCUGCUUUGCGUAAUUCCGAGAACAAUCGUACUGGCUCACUGCUUAAUAAGGUUGAGGAUGCUGGACCCUUGCCCGGUAGUGGGCUUAUCAAGGGUCUGCGCAGUAUCAAAGCCCCCGAGCCGGAGAAGCCGUAUGAUCCAUUCAUGGGGUAUGUACCGGAGAAACGCGAUUACUAUUCUUUGCAGCAGUCAUACCCGUCUGUCUAUCUUGAUCGUGCGAGGUCGGAUAAGAGGAUGUCGGCUGGUGGGUUUGACUUGCGCGAAUACUAUACACGUACUUUAAUGGAGGCGUUUGCCGGCUUGGGUUGCUUUAUUGAGGAAGAAGUUGCACUUCGUGAAACUACCUCUAAGUCAGGGUCGAAGCAAGCUGCGACUGAGGGAGCUGCAAUAGUUGCAAAUGAAAGGGUUGCCUAG